AUGACUCUUCGUGUUAUUCACGUGUGGGGUGUUUUACUUUCAGAUCCAUCCCCGGGGCACACAGAACCACCCAAAGUGCACAUAGAACCACCCAAGGUGCACAUAGAACCACCCAAGGUGCACAUAGAACCACCCAAACUGAACACAGAACCACCCAAAGUGAACACAGAACCACCCAAAGUGAACACAGAACCACCCAAAGUGCACAUAGAACCACCCAAAGUGAACACAGAACCACCCAAAGUGCACAUAGAACCACCCAAAGUGCACAUAGAACCACCCAAAGUGCACAUAGAACCACCCAAAGUGAACAUAGAACCACCCAAAGUGAACAUAGAACCACCCAAAGUGCACAUAGAACCACCCAAAGUGAAUAUAGAACCACCCAAAGUGCAUAUAGAACCACCCAAAGUGAACAUAGAACCACCCAAAGUGAACAUAGAACCACCCAAAGUGCACAUAGAACCACCCAAAGUGAAUAUAGAACCACCCAAAGUGCACAUAGAACCACCCAAAGUGAACAUAGAACCACCCAAGGUGCACAUAGAACCACCCAAAGUGAACAUAGAACCACCCAAAGUGCACAUAGAACCACCCAAAGUGCACAUAGAACCACCCAAAGUGAACAUAGAACCACCCAAAGUGAACAUAGAACCACCCAAAGUGCACAUAGAACCACCCAAAGUGAACAUAGAACCACCCAAGGUGCACAUAGAACCACCCAAAGUGAACAUAGAACCACCCAAGGUGCACAUAGAACCACCCAAAGUGAACAUAGAACCACCCAAAGUGCACAUAGAACCACCCAAAGUGAACAUAGAACCACCCAAAGUGCACAUAGAACCACCCAAAGUGCACAUAGAACCACCCAAAGUGCACAUAGAACCACCCAAAGUGCACAUAGAACCACCCAAAGUGCACAUAGCAAAGUGA